UCUAUGAAAACAGUUUUCAAAAUAAAAAUGGCGCAGGUGCCUGUGUACGGGUUGGCUUCUCAUGCUCGAAAAGUAUGUAGCCUCUAUAAAAAGGCUCUCCGUAAUUUGGAGAUGUAUUACGAUAGACGUCAUGUGUACCGCUACCAGGCAGUUCUGAUGCGAGAGCGCUUCGACCAGAAUGCUAAAAUAAGGGACAUGAGAAAAGCUACCGAACUACUGAAGGCUGGCGAAGAGGAGCUUUUCCUUAUUCAACACCCAAUCCCUAAGAAAUUCACAUACAGCCCCGGCGGUGUUGCAUUUGAGCGUGAAGUGGAGCCCCCGGACUGGGUGCUGGACUACUGGCACCCCCUCGAGAAGGCCGAAUACCCGGAGUACUUCAAGCGACGGGAGGAACGCAAGAAACAGUUCAUUGAGAUGUGGGAGAAGGAGUAUGGAAAGGAAGACCCUAAGAGUGCCCAUCACUGAAUGUAGAUAUUGUGUAUAAUGUAUAUUGAUUAUGAAUAGUAAAUUUGUGUUUAUUA